AUGGACACGUUGGUAUCAAACAUAACAGCUACCUGUCCAUUAGCAUUUUCGGGUAGUACAGGAUACCUAUUUGCAAGUGCAAUAGCAGCAGUGGUUGCAGCGCAUUGUGCUAUUUUUGAUGGUGAUCAAUGGCCAGAAGACAAUGCCCCACAAAUUAUAAACACAGGACCAAAGUCAUACGAUUUCAUUAUAGUAGGCGCAGGCACAGCAGGCUCGGCUCUCGCUGGACGAUUAGCAAGUCUCGAUUCAAAGCUGACUGUGCUACUUAUCGAAGCCGGUGACAAUCCUUCGCUUAACAGUGAGAUCCCAGCAUUCUUUAUUUACAAUCAUGAUAUAGACUGGAAAUAUGAAACGAUAUCUCAUGGGGCUUGCUUAGGAUUCAAAAAUAACAAAUGCAUCUGGAACAAGGGAAGAACAAUGGGAGGAUCAAGUUCUUUUAACGCUAUGUUGUAUGUUAGAGGCCACCCAAGAGAUUAUCAACAAUGGGAAGACAUGGGUAAUGUAGGGUGGGGCUAUGAUGACCUUCUGCCAUUUUUUAAAAUGAUAGAGGAAAGAUUGAAUAUGUCGUCCUAUGUAUACAAUGAUAAUCCUUGGUAUACUCUUCUCGAAGAAUCAUACAAUGAAUUUGGAAUUAAAUUUGAUAAAUCAGACAACAACGAAGGUGUAAUUGGAACAAGAAUCACCAAAUUGUUAACUCAAAAAGGAAAACGACUAAAUACAGGUAAACAUUAUUUGAGACAAACGAAAAAUUUGUACGUGAUGAAGAACUGUUUAGUUGAAAGAGUUAUCGUUGAUCACAAAUCUAAAAUAGCUACUGCAGUUGUGGUGCGACAUAAAAGCGACAUUAUUAUGGAAAUAAAAGCUAACAAAGAAGUUAUACUAUCAGCUGGGUCAAUCGCGACACCUCAAAUUUUAAUGUUAUCAGGUAUCGGUCCCAAAAGACACCUUAAUGACAUAGGAAUAGAGUGUUUGCUUGAUCUUCCAGUGGGUAAAAACCUGCAAGACCACGUUAUAUUUCCGUUGUUCUAUAAAACUAGACAAGGAACGCAAAUUUCUUAUGAGAAAAUUUUGUUAUCAUUGUUACAAUAUAUGCUGACUAAAACUGGACCACUGUCCCAUAUAGGAUUAACAGAUUUCAUGGCUUUCAUAGAUACUAAAAAUGCAUCUCAAUAUCCUGACAUUCAAUAUCAUCACUUAUCUUUUACUAAAAACGAUAAGAUCGCUAUGCGUUCUUACCUCGAAACUUACCAAUUCAGAGACGAAAUUAUAGAAAUUAUUCAACAAUUGAAUCAAGAUGGAGAUUUACUCGGUAUUUACCCCACGUUGUUGCAUCCAAAAUCAAGAGGUGAAAUUUGGCUAAGCGGUCCAAAUAUCACAUCAAGACCUAUUAUAAUAACGAAUUACUUUGACGAUCCUGAUGAUAUGAAGACACUCUUGCGAGCGAUAGACUUUGCACGGAAAUUAGAGAAAAGUGAACGUUUUCAGUCACUCAAAUUUGAAUUAACGCCUUUGAGAUUGUGGGGGUGUACAGAAUUACCCCUUUUCACGGAAGAAUAUUGGGAAUGCUAUAUACGUCAUAUAGCAACUACGGUUUACCAUCCUGUUGGUACAGCUAAAAUGGGUACCGAAGAAGAUAGAACAGCUGUCGUUGGUAAUAAUCUCUUAGUACAUGGUAUGCAAAAUCUUAGGGUUGUGGAUGCGAGUAUUAUGCCAAUCAUACCAGGAGGCAAUACAAUGGCACCCACUCUCGUGAUAGCCGAGAAAGCUUUCGACAUAAUCAAGAAAAAAUAUGCGUUAAAAGAUGAAUUAUAA